UCCUGUGCUGCGGGGCGGCGUCUCGCGGUCUCCAUGGUGACAGCUUCCCCCUGUUAACUGGCGGGUUGUUAGUCGAAGCGAUGGAUUCCGAAAGCCUACUGCUCUCCUUGGAGUUGGCAUCAGGCAGCGGGCAGGGUUUAAGUCCCGACCGUCGGGCCUCUCUGCUCACCUCCUUGCUUCUCGUUAAGCGCGACUACCGCUACGAGCGGGUGCUGUUCUGGGGCCGGAUCCUCGGCCUGGUGGCUGACUACUACAUCGCGCAGGGUUUGGGCGAGGACCAGCUCGGGGAACGCAAAAGCCUGUACAGUUUGAACUGCAUGGAAUGGAGCCUCCUGCCCCCGGCAACAGAAGAGAUGGUCAAACAGACAUCGGUGGUGAAGGGCCGAUUCAUGGGGGACCCUUCACACGAAUACGAGCACAUUGAGAUGCAGCGUAUGACUGAAGGAGACAGGACAUAUGAAGAUGAAGUGGUGAUCCAAAUCAAAGAGGAAUCCCGCCUGGUGUCAGUCAUUGACCAAAUUGACAAAGCAGUAGCCAUCAUCCCCCGUGGAGCCCUCUUCAAGACCCCCUUUGGACCUGUCCAUGUCAAUAGGACCUUUGAAGGAUUGACCCUGGCAGAUUCUAAGAAACUCAGUUCCUACUUCCAUUUUGCGGAGCCUGUGGAAUUGAAGAACAAGAGCUUGCUGGAGAAAGCUGACUUGGACCCUUCCUUGGACUUUCUGGACUCCCUGGAACAUGAUAUCCCUAAAGAUUCCAACACCUCUCCCCUCAACCCCCUAAUGAAUUGGGCCUUUCCUGCCAUCUCCAGGCCUCUUGGACUACAUGUAUCUACUCCGGAUUCUUGAGAGAGAAAACAACAUCUGGACAACUCUUCUUUUUGCAGCUUCUGUGAGGGAGGCUGGACUCCAAUCUUGGAUUUCCAACCCUGACUUCUCAACUCUAGAGAGAACAUCUGAUUUGGGGUGGGAAAGAAGAAGGAGAAACAUUUUUCUCUUUCUUUUCUUUCUUUUUGUCCAUAGCAGUCCCUUCUCACAUUUUAAGGGUCAAAGUCAGUUUGGCCACAGGAAUCCUUGGAGAUAUAUACGAACCUGAGUCUUUAUGACCCCUGUCCUACCUCUCCUCUGCCUCCAAUCUCCUUGCCUUUGUCCCACCUAGACCUCUGUUGGAUUAAGUAAUCUAGGAUCCCAGCAGAGACUUUCUGCAAGGAGGAGUCCAUUCUAAUUUCAGGCCCUUAAUUAGACACCUGUGGGUCCAGGCCAGAGCAAAGCCUUUUAGAGGAGAGCUAGGAAUCAAUAAUAUCUCACAAGUUGAAUGGUAAUGAGUUAGUUGGCUUUUGGGAGGGAGCCUGGGAGAGGGUGGUGUUAGUAUGGUUCCUGAGGGAACAGAUUUCCCCAGCUUCACUUAGGGGAAGCUAUCCUCAGGGUCAAGGAGAAGGGAAGGAAUGGAAAGCCUUUGCCAGGAGCCGAAGGAAGCAAGGGCCUGAGCCCUUGAACAUUCUGCCUGACUGACCUGGUUUCUUGGGGGUGAGCCCAGUUAGUACUGCUAAGGAUGUUUUUCUUCUCCCCAUUUUAUACUGCAAAGAGUUCUGGGUUUAGAGUCAGAAGACCUGAAUUUAAAUCCCAGUUCCAUUAGCCAUGUGACAUUGGACAAUCAUUUAAUUGUUCUGGCCCUCAGUUUCCUCAUUUCUAAAACAAGGGGAUUGGACACAAUGAUCCCAAGGCCUAUUCAAGUUCCAAAUCUUAGAAGUCUUCUUUCUCUUCACCCAAGCUUUUAGCAUUUGUUUGUCUAGAAUGAAUGUUAGAAAACAAGGGCUCAUGCCUUGGGGAAGGGAAUUCAGGGGAAGAAGUAUUCAUGGUCCUACUACAGGUUGCUUACUGGGCAACUCUUAGGCCUCUGGGCCAGGGCCCAGAGAUGUUGGUUUGGUCCUCUUAGUGCUGCCUCCAAGGAGCCACUAAAAGGCCUGUUCUAGCUUUUUCCCACAGACAGGAGAGGACUGG